GAAAACGCAUCUCCUUGUCGUUGCCCCAUUGGAAGCGCCAAACAAUCCUAGGGGCCGGGGCUCCGACCAGGGGUGCCAACUGGCCAUGACGCCCAUAGACUGCCACUCAUCUCGCACAUUGGAAUGAAUAAAAUAAAAUAAAGAGGUUGCAGUUGAAAUGUUGAAUUGAUUUCACCGGCCGGCCAAAGCUGUUGGCAUUGUUUAAAAAGGGAGACGAGGAAUGCUUCGGAUCACUCUACUUCGCGUCUCUCUCCCUCGCUCUCUUCCUUCUACUCUCUUCAAUCUCCCUCACCUUCGCACCAAGCUCAGGCCCCAAGCCAUGGCCUCCGCAUCUUUCACGACUUCGUCUCAGCCCAGCUCCAACAAGCUCCUCUUUCGCCAGCUGUUUGAGAAGGAGUCUUCCACCUACACCUACUUGCUUGCCGACGUGUCUCACCCUGAAAAGCCUGCUCUGUUGAUUGACCCAGUUGAUAAGACAGUGGAGAGGGACCUGUCCCUUGUAAAAGAGCUAGGACUGAAGCUAAUUUAUGCUAUGAACACCCAUGUCCAUGCUGACCAUGUAACUGGUACUGGCCUAAUGAAGAAUAAGGUUCCUGGACUGAAAUCUAUCAUUUCAAAAGCGAGCAAUUCGAAAGCUGAUCUUCUGAUUGAAGCCGGAGAUAAAAUCAAAUUUGGUGAUCUGUUUUUGGAGGUUCGAGCUACUCCUGGCCAUACAUUAGGUUGUGUUACCUACGUUACUGGAGAGGGGCCUGAUCAGCCUCAACCAAGGAUGGCUUUCACAGGGGAUGCCUUACUGAUACGUGGAUGUGGGAGAACUGAUUUUCAGGGUGGGAGUUCACAUCAACUCUACGAGUCAGUGCAUUCACAGAUUUUCACAUUGCCCAAGGACACGCUGAUCUAUCCUGCCCAUGAUUACAAAGGAUUUACUGUUAGCACUGUAGGGGAGGAGAUGCUUUAUAAUCCUAGGCUCACAAAAGAUGAGGAAACCUUCAAAAAUAUUAUGGAAAAUCUUAACCUCUCCUACCCAAAAAUGAUUGACAUUGCUGUCCCUGCAAAUAUGGUUUGUGGUUUGCAAGAUAUCUCUGCGAAGCCUGUUGAAGCAACUUCAAACUAGAUGUAGUCAG